AUGGCAGCCACUUUGAAAGCUCUCCACUCCUUACGGGUGGGCCGCCAUCAAAUCCCUCCCUGGUACCACACCUUAAACGCCUCCAUUCACCAUACACCCUUUCUCAUCUACCGCAGCGGCUUCCACUCCUCCACCACAGCCUCUGAAAUCAGCCAACACCUGACAGAAACCUGCGUCGCUGAGCCCCAAUGGACCUGCCCCAUCCAUGUACCCUCACCCCCAGAGCGCUUUGACGCUGUAGUUUCAAGCAGGGAUUUCCUGGUUGUCCCUGCUAGGGUGGCCCAUAGACUGCUGCACUAUAAUGAGGUUGGGGUUAAGAUGGUUGGUGCAUAUCCAAUGGGGAAACUGUGGAAUAUGUGCUAUGGAGAUGAAGAGGAAUAA